UCGUAUGGACAGUCUUAAUGCAGCCUUUGCUAGAAACAGUUCGGAGCUAAAUAGCCUCUGUGUUGUACAGUUUAACACGAUAUAUCAUUGAUAGAUUCCUUCGGAGAUCUUCGUGGCUUUAUUUUUGAACUUUCCUGUAACACUAGUUACAUUUUCCUGUUACACGGAAAUAUUAUAAAAUAAUAUUGAAAACAUUGAUAUCUUAGAUUUAUUUAGCCGAUUAUUUACCUAUUACCUAAUUGUGAUUUUCGAAGAAAUACCACGUAUAAAGAAAUUUUUAUUGUAGAAGAUAUACAAGGAUAUAACGAGGAAUUUAGUCAAAGUUAGGAGAAAAUAUGCCAAGUAGUAAAACAAGAGUCGCAAUUAUUGGUGGUGGUGUUGCCGGUUUGAUCGUGGCUCGUCACAUAGCAUCUAAUCCCGACACCUAUAGUCUUACUCUUUUCGAGCAAACCGAUCAAGUGGGAGGAACCUGGGUUUAUACAGACGAAACCGAUAUUGAUAAGCAUGGAUUACCGGUGCACAGUAGCAUGUACAAGAAUCUCAGGACGAAUCUUCCUAAGGAAAUUAUGCAGAUACCAGAUUUUCCAAUGAAAGAUCCGAGUGGUCCAUCCUUUGUUCACCAUACAGUAAUACGUCAAUAUUUGUGGGAUUAUACGGAGUAUUUUAAUCUUUAUUCCCACAUAAAGUUAAAUACCGUGGUUAAACACGUAGAACCAGAAACAUUAAGGAACGGUCAAACGAUCUGGAUUAUCAAGUAUGAAGAUUUGGAAAACAAAUUGGAAGGGACUAAGACUUUCGAUGUUGUAAUUUUAUGCAAUGGUCAUUAUACGGUUGGUCACGUUCCGCAUAUUUCAGGAAUCGAAAGUUUUUACGGUAUGUGUAUACACAGUCAUCAAUAUCGAAUCCCUGAAACCUACGCCGGAAAAAAGGUAUGCAUCUUAGGUGCAUCUUGGUCCGGGAUCGAUAUUGCACUUGAAGUAUCACAAUACGCUGGACAGGUUUACUUAAGUCAUAACUUGCCAAAUCCGUUAGACUCGAAAUUAGCGAAGAAUAUCAAUCAAAAGCCAGGAAUUGAAUCUAUUCAAGGAAAUAUUUUCACUUUCCUUGAUGGAACUACUGCCGAAAUAGAUAACUUCAUAUAUUGUACUGGUUAUAAGUUCACGUAUCCCUUUAUGUCAUCUAAAGUUGAGAUACGUACGGACGAUAAUCACGUUGAACCUAUUUAUAAACAUUUGGUGCACAUUACCAUGCCUAAUUUAUUUUUCAUGGGAAUACCCGGACUCGUUAUUCCUUUUCCAAUGUUCCAUAUUCAAGCGCAAUAUAUUGUAGAAAUUUUGGAGGGUCGCAUCAAGUUGCCUUCUCCUGAAGAGAUGUUAGAAAAUUUCGAUAGAGAAAAGAAUGCUUUAUUGCAACAAGGGGUUCCUUUAAGGCAUAUCGUAAAGCUCAAGGAAAGACAAUGGGCGUACUAUGAUGAAAUCGCAGCAGCUGCAAACAUACCGAGCUUUCCUCCUGUUAUAAAGAAGAUUUUCGACCACGUGUCCGAGAUGCGCGAUAUCGAUUUUACCAGUUACAAAAAUCAUCAAUAUCGUAUAAUUGACGAUGAAAAUUUUACUGUUUCUUGUUGCAAGCCUUGUUAGGGUUUACGCGAAAAGAUAGAAGAUGCAUGAGAUUUUAUUUCAAUAGAGAAAACGGACCACAUAGUUUGGUACUCGUUAAUCGCGCGUUUGUCGUUCAAUGGUCGGAAUGUAUUUCUUUUUAUUUCUUAGACCUUGACGACUUAUGUUUCAUUACCAUCGAUCAUGCUCCGUCGUUAAACUAUGGAGAAAUGGAUUAAGAAAUAUUACGAUGGCAUUUAUCAGCUUGCUCUAUUGUUUAGUUUGUAAGGGUUCAAUGCAUUGACGUAAUAUGAUCCACGAUAAAUGAAAAGAAGAUAGUUCUCUGGUGUAAAAAGAGAAACAAAAUGUUAUUGUAAUUAUGUAUUUUUGCUGAUAGAUAAUAUGUUAAUAUAAUUAAUGACGAGAGAGAGAUAUACUCGGAAUAAAGAAUUAU